GGUAGAUUUGGACGUGCUUACAAAUUAAGCUUAUCAGGUCUGGUCAGUGAUACGGAGUUCGUAGUCGAGGUCUGCUGUUUUUAUUCUGGUGUGCAGCGUUAAACACGAGUUCAAGAUUCAAAAUGGUCCUUAAACUUGCUCAGCUGGCCAGCCGUACCAUCGGAGUGCGUGCAUACUCGACCUCCGGCAAACGGAACGAGGUGGUGAUUGUUUCGGCCACCCGUACACCGAUCGGAAGCUUCCAGAGCAGUCUCUCCUCACUGUCGGCCACCCAGCUCGGAGCGGUCGCGGUUGAAUCGGCUGUAAAGCAGGCUGGCAUCGCCAAGGAGGACGUCCAGGAGGUGUACAUUGGCAAUGUGAAUGCGGCAGGUUUGGGUCAAGCACCGGCCCGCCAGGCGGUCAUCUUUGCCGGAUUACCAAAGUCUACCAUCUGCACGACGGUGAACAAGGUGUGCUCGUCCGGCAUGAAGAGUGUCAUGCUCGGUGCGCAAACACUGAUGCUCGGCCAGCAGGAGGUGAUCGUCGCCGGUGGCAUGGAGUCGAUGUCAAAUGUCCCGUACUAUCUGAAGCGCGGCAGCACCCCGUACGGAGGCGUCAAUCUGAUCGACGGCAUCGUAUUCGAUGGACUUACGGACGUGUACAACAAGUUCCAUAUGGGUAACUGUGCGGAGAACACGGCUAAGCAGAUGGGCAUCACGCGCAAGGAUCAGGACGAUUUUGCCAUCAACAGCUACAAACGAAGUGCUGCCGCAUGGAGCUCGAAAGCGUUUGAUGCGGAAAUCACUCCCGUACGUAUCGCCGGAAAGCGUGGUAAGCCCGACACGGUCGUGGCAGAAGACGAGGAGUACAAGAGGGUGAACUUCGAUAAGUUUGGCCAGCUAGCUACGGUGUUCCAGCGCGAGAAUGGCACCGUCACGGCAGGAAAUGCUUCCACGUUGAACGACGGGGCGUCGGCCGUUGUCCUCAUGACCGCAGAGGCAGCAGAACGAUUCAAGUGCAAACCGUUGGCCCGCAUUGUGGGAUUUGCCGAUGCGGAAACGGAUCCGAUCGAUUUCCCGAUUGCACCAGCACUGGCCGUGCCGAAACUUUUGAAGCAGACCGGUGUGCGCAAGGAGGAUGUGGCCAUGUGGGAAAUCAAUGAAGCAUUUUCGCUCGUCGUUGUUGCUAACCAGCGUAAGUUGGACAUUGAUCCGGAGAAGGUGAACAUCCAUGGUGGGGCCGUUUCAUUGGGACACCCGAUCGGAAUGUCUGGUGCUCGGUUGGUAACUCAUCUUACGCACGCCCUCAAGCAAGGCCAGAUUGGAUGUGCAUCGAUCUGCAACGGUGGAGGUGGCGCAUCGUCGAUCCUGAUCGAAAAGCUGUAAGAUUCCAGAGAAUGGGUAACAGAGUGACUAGCUCUGAUAAAUUCCCGGUUACACAUUUGUGGGUAUACAAAAAGUGCAUUUAUUAGAAUAGCUCUGCCGAAGGCAAGUCUGCAGGCGCCAUAAAAUCAAUCGAUAUAUUUUUCUAUGCUACAAGCGGUUUUAACAAACGUUCAAUAAAAUUGAAACAAUA